AUGGGGAUUGAUUACUACAACAUCCUGAAAGUGAACCGCAAUGCCAGCGACGAAGACUUGAAGAAAGCCUACCGCCGCCUCGCCAUGAUUUGGCAUUCUGACAAAAACGCCAACAACUCUCAUGCCCAGAACCAGAGUUUCUACUACAACAACCACCAUCAGCAUCUGAACCCUAAUUUCCAAUUCAAUCCGAGGAAUGCCGACGAUAUUUAUGCCGAGAUUUUUGGGGAGAGCAGUAACGGGAACGCCGCUGGUAAUACUGCUAGCAGCAGCAGUAAUGGAGCCAGGAAAGAUGGGUAUUUUAGGAACACGACGAUGAACGACGGUGGAGCUAGAGAAUUUCCUGGCGGCGGCGGCGGCGGAGGAUCCAGGAAGGCGAUGCCGGUGGAGAACGCGCUCAUGUGUAGCUUGGAAGAAUUGUAUGCUGUUCUACUCGGAGAUGAAGAUUUCAGGAAUGUAAUUGAUUCUCAUGGGUAUGUUUAA